CUUUCACAUAUGCUGAAAAUCUCUGAUAUGAAGGAAUGGAUCACCUAAAAAAGCUUUGUGAAACAUGCUCCCAACAACAGAAAGUGACAUCUGUACAGUCAAAGGACCCUCAGCACACAGAUUACCUGCAUGUCCUGAAGAGAUACUUGGUUGUGAAAUACAUACAGUAUAUGAUCCUGCCUUCUACAAAUAUUGUGGUAUUGGUUGCAGGAGCCAUUGGAACACUUCAUGUCUCAGUCUUGCUCUUAUCUCAGACUGUGUCUAAGAAGAGCACAGCAGUCUUCAUUUCCCAUUUGGCAGCAGCAGAUGCAGUGCUGGUGCCUGCCAUCCUGCUCGAAAUGUGCCACCAAGUGGUUGACAUCAAAUUUGCACCAGAUGGCUUCAUCCGUGGCCUUAUUCACAAUCUCCUGGUGAUGAACAUCAACGUCAGUUCUUUAAUGUUAAGUUGCAUCAGCCUGGAGGCUUUCCUCAUAACUCAAUUCCCUGUGCAAUCUCGUUACAUAAGGACUGUAAGGCAAGCUAAAAGGACUAGCAUGCUUGUCUGGAUUACUGUGCUCAUAGAAUGUGUUAUUUCACAAACUGAAUACAUAGCUGCUGCGGAAUCCGAGGAACUCUGUCUAUCACCGUUGUUCCAGUAUUUUCUGCUGAUAGCUCCUGCUGUUAGAGGACUGUUUGAUAAUCUGCUCAUCUGUUUCAGGUUCAUGAAUGUUUUCUUCUACUACAAAGUUUAUACAACUAAGUCUUAUUCCAGGCACCUAUCGACUAGAACAGGCCACUGUUCUUAACAUACAAGAUCGCCCUUGAAGAAUUCCUUUUUUAACAAUAUAAAUGAUCUUUUACUUAGGUAGGCAGACAGGCAAUGAGAUAUUUAUUAAGUAUUUAUUAUUUACAAAAUGAACAAGAAUCCAGAGCCUACUCCAUCAUUCAGUAAGAUUAUGACCUCAACUCUAUAUUCCUAAUAUACUUAAAAAUUCUGCAUCCAGAAGGGAAUUUUUGAAUGGGUAAUUCUUUAUUUUUCAGCUACAAUUCUUAGUUUUUAAUUCUUCCACAAGACGACAUAUCCUUUCAACAUCCACCCAGUCAAGUUUAAACAAGAUCUUAUAUGUUUCAACUGAAUCACCUUUGAUUCAUCUGAACUCCAGAGAAUGCAGCCCUAACCUCAUAGCAAUCUGCUCAUUUCAGGUAUUAGUCUAGUAAACCUCCUCUGAACUGCUUGCUAAGUAUUAGCAUCCUUCUUUAGUACUGUACACACAAUACCAGAUGUGAUCUCACCAAAGCACUGUAUCACUGAAGCAUAAGACCCCUCCCCAGCCACCUCCCCACCUCAUAAGAAAACAUAACAUUCAAGCAACUUCCCUGAUAACUUGAUGACGUGCCUCUGAAAAUGAUAACGCAAAACCUCCUGCCUGCAGAUACUUUGCCAAGUAAUGUCUCAUUUUACAGUGAGGCAGCCUCCCAUGACUUCAUUGCUGAAUCAGCCAAUAAGGAAUGUGAGGGGAAACUUGCCAACACUGUGCGUCUGUGCAAACGCAACCUAUGGAAAGCUGGGUGGGUUGAGUCUAUGCCUGGAAGCACUUUUCCCGAAUUCACACAGAGAUGCAGCGAUUAAUUUAGCUUAACACAGCCUGCUGUAAAUUGGGAUAAGAUCCGAAAUUCUUCUGUCAGCAACCACCAGGUCAAAAGGAAUGCUGUAGAUUCCGAUCGCUGUCAGUCUCACAAGUUUUGAAGCCGAAGCGGAAAUUACAGGAGGGUUUGCACAUAAGUCGAGUCAGUUAACAGCUGCACCAAUGAGUCACAGCUGGUCUGGCAAAUCCAACUUCUUUUUGAAAUUACCCAAAUUUUAGAUUAAUCCCUUCAGCAUGAUGACAAAUAGGUUACACUCGAUGAUGCAUGUUAACGUGUGCAUUCAUACAUAAAAUACUGUGUACCAGGAUGGGCCAUGAAAUAAUAAUUAUCAGUUUUAUUUCCCCGAGAACCUUGAUGUCUGUGCAAGCUUUCAGCUUACAAGGAAUUGUGAUUAUGUGCUAUCG